AAAGCCCACAUUUAAACUGCUGCCUGCCUGUGCAGCAGCUCAAGAACUACGGAAUGGAUUUUAUACACCACAAUUCUGGGUUAAAACAACUCCAAACCAUUUCUAUUACUGCCUAGCAACAAUGAAGGAAGGAGCAGAGGGAGAUCCUAUUACUGAAGCCAACUGAGGCACUCCCCGCGAACAUUUCCAGCAGGAAUAUGGAUCCUGGGGAGAGCAGAGCACAGCCCUGCAUUGUCCGAGCCGCGAGGCAGCAGCUGUGAGAGCAGCCUCGGCUCCUUUGUCUGCAGCAUGAACAGAGAGCCCCGAGCCAAGGACGCCGCCGGCCAGCCAGGAAGGUAACACGGCCACGGACAGACAGAUGGACAGAGCGGAUCCCGAGCGCGGCGGGCGCAGGAAGCAGGGCUGCUGCUGCUGGGGGAUGUGCGCAUGGUCGAGAGCAUCUUUUUUGCUGAAGUGAUGGCGUGCCCAAACUAUUUUCUGUGGGUAUAAUCCUGCACCAUAAAUGGCCUGACCAAGGAAGAGUGAGCCAUUUGCUGACGAUUGCUCAACUCAAAGGAAAAUGAAUACCAAAGAAUAGCAGUGGAUUCUAAACCAAUUGGAAAAGCCUUUUCCUUGAGCAUUGUCUCGUAUCCCAUCACUGGAUCCUUACAACAUGCUUCAGUGGAGAAGACGACACUGCUGCUUGGCAAAGAUGACCUGGAAUACCAAAAGGUCUCUGUUUCGCACCCAUCUCAUUGGCCUGGUCUCUCUGGUGUUUCUUUUUGCAAUGUUUCUGUUCUUUAACCACCACGACUGGUUGCCAGGCAAGGCUGGAUUCAGAGAAAACCCCAUGUCUUACACCAUCCGAGGAUUUAGAUCUACAAAAAGCGAGACCAACCACAGCUCUCUAAGGAACGUGUGGAGAGAUGCUGUGCCUCAGACACUCCGGCCUCAGACAGUCACCAACCCCAACAACACGGAUCUGUCCCCACAGGGAGUCACCGGUUUGGAAAACACCCUCAGUGCCAAUGGGAGUAUUUACAACGAGAAAGGCACUGGGUAUCCAACUUCCUAUCACUUCAGAUACGUCAUCAAUGAGCCUGACAAGUGCCAGGAAAAAACCCCUUUUCUAAUACUGCUCAUAGCUGCAGAGCCAGGCCAGGUGGAGGCUAGACAAGCAAUUCGACAGACCUGGGGCAACGAGAGUCUGACACCUGGCAUCCAAAUUGUGCGGAUUUUUUUGUUGGGCUUAAGCACCAAGGUAGAUGGAUACCUCCAGAGAACCAUCCUUGAGGAAAGCAGACAGUACCACGACAUCAUUCAACAAGAAUACUUUGACACCUACUAUAAUUUAACUAUAAAAACUCUGAUGGGAAUGAACUGGGUUGCAACCUACUGUCCACAUGUUCCAUAUGUUAUGAAAACUGAUAGUGAUAUGUUUGUCAAUACUGAGUAUUUAAUACACAAGCUUCUGAAACCAGAACUUCCUCCAAGGCACAAAUAUUUUACAGGUUAUUUAAUGAGAGGUUAUGCACCUAACAGGAACAAGGAUAGCAAGUGGUAUAUGCCACCUGAUUUGUAUCCAAGUGAACGUUACCCUGUAUUCUGCUCUGGAACUGGUUAUGUUUUUUCUGGAGACUUAGCAGAAAAAAUCUUUAAGGUCUCCUUAAGCAUCAGACGUUUACACUUAGAGGACGUCUACGUGGGGAUCUGCCUCGCCAAGCUGCGCAUUGACCCCAUGCCCCCACCCAACGAGUUUGUCUUCAAUCACUGGCGAGUUUCUUACUCCAGCUGUAAAUACAGCCACCUAAUUACCUCCCAUCAGUUCCAACCCAGCGAGCUGAUCAAAUACUGGAACCACCUGCAGCAGAACAAGCACAACGCCUGCGCCAACGCGGCCAAAGACAAGGCCGGCAGGUUCCGCCACCGCAGGCUGCACUGAGGGCCCGCGGCACGUGUACAGAAACAGGGACACCCAGCUGCCCCAGCUCUGAGCCCAGCACACAGGGCAGGAGGGAAAUUAUUUUUUUAAGUUUAAAAAAAUAUUAUAGCUCUUGAAUAUGAUGAAAUUAUAACCAAAAGGUUUUCCCAGCAAAUUUGAGAUUAAGAAAAAGAAAAAGACAAGAUGGUAUAUAAGGAUUUCUGUGGUUAACAUGCAAUAAUAAGCAUGCACACUUUGGUGGUACAAUUGCUGAUUCAUGUGCCAGUAAAAUAUAAUUGAGCAUAUUUUCCACACUAAAAUUUUUGUUUUAAGGAGUGCAUUCAUAGCUCUAGUUCUCUUCCAUGUAAUUUCUUAUUAUCCAGAACUGCUAUAAAACAAAAAAUUAAAAACUAAGGAAUUGCACAAAGGGCAGAUCAGUUUUACCUUCAAAUGCCACAUGACAAUUAUUAUACGCUACUUUAACGUACCACACAUUUAGCAAUGUCACAAUUUAGUAAGACACUACCAAUAAAUUCUAAAGCACUAAGAAUGUACUCCCUUGAAGUAGGUGCAGUUUUCAGAAGUUUGCUUAUUUGGUUUGGAAGGAGAGAUAAAUGAAAUCAAAGUUGCAAAGUUGCUUUGUACAUUGCCUUCAGAAAUGCAAGUGGUGUUCUGGAUGCAACUUUCAGUCCACAAAGAGCUGACUGAAAGUUACUUCAUUCUCUAGAAGUCACAGGGCAAGCUCCUAAGAUCUGGUGCCAAGUAACAUUCAUUCCACUUGGAACCUUCAUGCAAAUUCAUUGGAUCUGCUAUUAAUUUCCCUACAUGACUUCAAGGUAACUCAGAGGCUGAUGAGAAAUGUAAAACAUAAGUUCCAGUCUUGCACUGUUCUUGACAAAAUUUCCUGUUUUGCAAAGCGGGAGAAAAUUAAUCAAACGUGUUGUUUUGCUCUUUCCUGUCUGACAAAAAGCAAGGCUCAGCCAAGUGAAAGCACAUCUGCUGGAGAAAAUGAAGCCCCACACCUGAGUUUAUAGGUGGGGAAAACUAGGUCACAAUAAGAUUGAGAGUUCCAGCCAGCAAGAUGGGCAGGAACAAAGCCUAAGCAAUUUAAAGGCACGACACGUACCACUGAAAAUCAUUUGUGAGAAGUGGGUUAAAUCUAUUUACAGGUUUGCAGUUUUCUAACAAACAGAACUUUUAAAGCUUAUUUUCCAACUGUUACAGCAGAGUUGUAUCAAAUUCAGGUUAUUACUGCUUGUCACAGUGCCAGGGUAAGCAAUACCCACCUCUGAUCAUCAGCAAAUGAUCAAACUGCAAUUAGUUUUCUGUUUGACUGGGACUUAUUAAUUGGAGAAAAUACAAAUAUUUGAUGUACUUUUAUUAUUUAAUAAAAUUGAUUAUAUUUAUGGUCUUAAGAUUUUACUUUUUCUGGGAAAGCUGCUCAGGAAGAAAGAAAUUUCUAACUUUAGCAUUACCAGGUUUUUCUAGUGUUCCCUAGUCCUUGAAGCCUGGUUUUCAUGCACAGUACAGAGAUCACAGCAGGCUUUUUUCCUUUGUAAUGAGAAGACAAAUCAUAUUACUGACCAUUCUCAGCAGCUCUUGGGCUGUCUGUCUGCAGCAACUCUCACAUGUGAACAGACUGCAAGGCACUGGAUGCACCUCUGAAGCAAUUCCAGCAGGUCCUCUGGAAGGUGGAGAUGGGAAUUUGCUCAACACCAUUUUUUUGGUGAUCUUCCACUAAAUUUCUUCCUCUGUUGUAUUUGGGGUGUGCUAAUUGUACAUUUCUGCAUUUCCAUCACACCUCAAAUCAUAUAAAUGUCUGGUUUUGGGGAAAACAAACACCUGUAAAAGUAAUAACUCUCUUCUGCAGAGAUUUCUCUGACUAAAUUGGAAGUUCAUACACUGAGUUUACAUGAUCCCUGUGGGCAUUCAUGUGAGAGAGCUGCCCUGGACAGAUGUUUGGGAGUGUGCUCUCAGCCCCCAGUGCAGGUCUCCCCACUCCAUGUGCUGCUCACCCCCAGCCCAAGGCUCCUGGCUGAAGGGCACUGGAGCAGGCUCUACACUGCAGUGCUAGCUCCAGACCCCAGUGUGAGUGUGGGAAGCCAGCUGCUGCAGGGGACUGAGCUCUGGAACAUGUCUAAUGCCACAAGUGGCCCAGGACACACUCCAGCCUCCUGGAGAGGACUUCAGCCUGCUCCCAGCCCUUGGCACUUUGCAGCUCCACUGUGAUGCACUUGAUUUUACCAACUCUGGCUAGUCCUAAAUGCUCUUCUGGCUCCUGGGUCUAGUCCAAGAGGUUAAUACUAAACCUUAAAUAGUUUGGCACUGGAAUCAUCAAGUUUGGCAGCCAAACCACCUCUUGGGUGCUGGGCUUUGGAGCUCCUACACGAUGUUGAUCUGCCUGAGCUUGGCAGAACCACAGCACAAUGCCCACGAGUUCAGCAUACCAAACCUCCUGCUACUCACAGGACUAGUGAGGAGCACCAGAAAGCUAAAUAAAAAGCCAUUCUUAAUGCCCUUUUAAGGGUCCAACAUGAUUUUUUAAAUUUGUAUUAUUGUUUGGGUGUAAGUUGAAACUACUCUAUAAAACUUACUUGAAUCCUUAUCAAGAUGGUCAAAGGCUACUAAAAACAUUUGCAUCCAAGUACUGUUUUCUUACACAGUUUGUUGCAAAGCUUUCAAAAACAAAAAGGAAUCAUUUGUAUGAUGAAAUAUGCAAUUACAGAAUGAACGCUCUACAUUCUUUUCUCUGAAUGUUUUACUGUUUUCUAGCUUGUGUUUAAGCUAUUUGCUCACUCUACUAGAAUAUAAAAACAGCUCAUGUUAAAAAUAGUGCAAUAAUUAAUUAUAUCAUUAAAAACUUGGACAAGUUCUCUCACUUCCUUUCCCCAUACAGCAAGAAAAAAAAGCAUUUUUCAUUAGCAAGAGCAUACAAAGUUGUAGCUAAAAACUCUAACAUGUCUGC